CUCAUGUCGUCUCCCCAGUUUUAUUUUUAGUCAGUUUAUAUCAUUGUUUCAACUAAUUAAACUGUUGUGAUUUGCUUAUACAUGUUAUUCAGAACUUAAAAGUACAAUUAAUGCUAAAUUUUCCAUAUUCUAGUAUCCAUCUAUAAUAAUAAUAUGAAACAUCGCACGCUCCAGAGGCGGAGCAACAAUAAAAUAGGGGUGAACUCAUUAGAAAGUGAAUGCACAUAACGUGCACAAUUAUACCUACAGCUUGAUUCAUGAUUGAACGGGGCUGGGAGUCCCAAUGAAUAAUUGAAGGAGCGACCGCGCAUGCGCGGGACUUCAGCCGUCGAACCGUGUCAGGCCCUGGCCAAUAUAGCUGAUGUGCGAUAUUCCUUACAAAACCAGAGAUUUUACGAAAUGUUUGCGUACUCAAUGUGGUAAAUUCAUAGAGAAUUGAAGUGGAAGAUGCAGGCUGGAGGGCCGGACAGCGCGGCAGUGUCAGAAGCGCCGAGCAGCGGAAGCGAUGAGUCCGACUGUGAAACGCAGCCCGAGCACGACGCGGACGCGGCCCUCACUGAGGAAUGGGCGUGCGAGCUGCUGGCCGGCGAUGGAGUGGCCGGAGCUAAUGAGGUGCACGUGGAGUCGCGUGCGGGUGUGGCGGGCGCGCUCAGCCGCGUGCUGGCGGUCACCGUGCACUAUCAAGAAAAUGGCGAGAGAAAAGCUAUGCCACUCGUCGUGAAACUGCCUCCCAGAGAUCCCUUCGGCCGUCUCUUCGUAGCUGAAGCCCAAUUCGACACUAGAGAAAUCCUAUUCUACACUGAACUAGCGCCGGCACUUAAUAGGCUCGCUGAGGAAGCUCUAGGACCUGGACAAGGGUUGCCUGUACCAAGAUGCAUCAAGGCUAGAUUACCUGAUGAGAUCGGUGGAGACAGCGAACUUGUUCUCGAGGAUGUGACUGCUGUGGGAUACGAAGCGGCUGACUUCGCGGAAGGUCUGACAGAAGCGCGCGCUAGAGCCGCUCUCCAUGCGGCUGCAAGACUUCAUGCUCUCUCAUUGGCUAUGCGUGACCGGGAAGGCCCUCUUGACCAGAGAUUCGACUUUCUAUUUCCAUGUGAACGAGCUGCAGCUGGUUACCUACGGCUCGUAAGACGAGGUCUCCCGCAACUUGAAGCAUUCCUUCGUGGAAAACCAGAGUGUGUGGUAGAAGCAGCGGCUGUGUCAGCCCUCAGCGCCCGUGCCCCAUCUCUGCUAGGCACACUUCUUCGCCCUGCGGAACCAGCACCUCUAGCACAUGCUGAUUUUUGGAGCGGCAACCUUCUGUUUAGGGAAAAUGAAGGAGUUAGUGAGUGUAUAGCUUUGGAUUGGCAAAUGGUGUCGCUCGGUCGGCCUAUGGAUGACGUCGCGUUGUUGAUGCUCUCGUCCUUGACUCCAGAAAUGAGAAGAGCAGUAGGAGAUUCUUUGAUUGAGGACUAUGGGGACAGGUUGGAAGCGGAGAGUGCGAGAUUGGGUUGUGCGUCCGCGGCGGCUGUGGUGCGCCGAAAUUUGAAGCCUGACUGGCCGCGUGCCGCGUUGCGCGCUCUACUGCUGUGCGCAGGCAGUGUCGACGUCGCGCUCGGCGAACCACGAGCCGAACGCCGUCUUCUCGAGGCUGUCAGAGACCUACACGAACAAGGUGUCCUUGCUCUAAAACCCGACACAGAAACGUGAAAAACCCAGUGCCAAACGAUCGACUGUUAAUUAUUUUUUAAUGUUGUGUCUAGCGCAUAACGUUUUAUUUUGAUGUAUUUUACGCACAAAUUACGUUGUAGUUGUGUGUUUUAAUUAUUGAAAAUUUUAUUAUUCGUCUUAGUUCACAACGAUAGGAUCGACUAGCGGAUGCGGCGAUUAAAGCCUAAUCAAAGACUGAAUUUACGACGUAUAAUCUACAUCUUGCGUAUAAGCUACGCGUUGUAUAGGUAUGUAAUGUACUACUGUAGGGAAUAAUUUAUUGCUCAUCGUAUUGGACGCUAGAAACAAAUUAAUUGCGGUCUAUUGACUAUUAUUUAAAAGGAAAGUAAAUUAU